AAUUCUUGCAAACCAAACAAAAUUAAACAUGAAAGAAAGUCAUUUGCUCGUUUCUUUGCUCUACUUCUUCGUCAUAUUCUUGUUUACUUUGCCAUAUGUCUCCUCCUCCUCCUCCUCUUCUUCUUUGAAGCAUCACCUCUGCUCUCCUGCUGAUGCCUCUCUGCUACUGCAAUUCAAAAACCAUUUUAACGUCGAUGAAUAUCUGUCAUCCAUAUGUGAGGACAACUUCUCGACAUUAGAGGGGUUAAUUAUUAAUGGUGGCCAACCAAUAAAGAAGCUCUGUUGGGAUGAGGGGUCAGAUUGUUGCAAAUGGGAGGGUGUUACCUGUGAUGCCUCCACUGCCCAUGUCAUUGCAUUGGACCUUAGCUGCAGCAAUCUUCAAGGAUCCAUCAGCACUAACAGCACCCUUUUCCAACUUCAUCACCUUCAAACCCUCAAUCUUGCCUUUAAUCAUUUCUCUUCUGCCUCUCUUUCACAUGUGAUUGGUGGUUUGACUGGCUUGACUCACCUCAACCUUUCAACCACUUUCUUAUCCGGAACCAUCCCAUCUGAAAUCUCACAGUUGUCCAAGUUAGUUUCUCUAGAUCUUUCUUAUAAUUUUGAAGGCAAUAAUAGUUCGGAUUUAUUGUUUCUUCACAAUCUCACCAAGCUUGAGGUAUUCUCUAUGGUUGGUACUGGUCUCUCAUGUACCAUACCAAGGAAUAUAUCUGCUCCAUUACGAUAUUUAGAUCUUUCAUUGAACAAUAUAUUUGGCUCCAUUCCUGAAAGUAUUUUCCAACUGCCAAAGUUAGAAUUACUUAUUCUUUUUCGUAACUGGGAGCUAGUUGGUUCAUUGCCAAAGCUUGGUUGGAAUUGCAAUCAAACACUACAAGUGUUAGAUCUUAGUUUCACAAAUAUUUCUGGAGAGCUACCAAAUUCAAUUAGCAAUCUCAGGUCCUUGAAGUAUUUUAUACUUAGAGAGAGUAGUUUUUCCGAUUUUAUUCCAGAAACAAUUGGCAACCUAACAAAUUUGAAUGUAAUGGAUUUUGAGGGUAAUGAAUUCAGUGGUAGUGUCCCACUCAAAAUCUCAAAUUUGAACCAACUAACUAGGUUAGACCUUUCAAACAACCAUUUUGAGGGAGAAAUUCAAGAUAUCUUUUCUAACUUCCAACAGCUCACCAAUUUACAUCUCACUGGAAACAAUUUCUAUGGUCGUUUCCCAUCUUCAAUUGUAAACCUUACCCAACUUGAAUUUUUAGAUUUAUCUGAAAAUUCACAAAUUGGUCCUCUCCCGUCUGUUGCAACCGGACUCCAAAAACUCCAAUAUUUAUACUUAUAUGAAAACACACUAAAUGGCACUAUACCUCCCUGGGUUUUUAGCAUUCCUUCUUUAGUCUAUUUGAAACUUGAACAAAACCAGUUUACUGGGAGUCUUCCUGAGAUUUCAUGCAAAUCAUCAUUACAACUAGUUGAUUUAUCCAAAAAUCAACUGGAUGGUUUGAUCCCUGAUUCAAUUUCAAAACUUCUUCAUGUAGAAUACCUAUUCUUAGCAUCCAACAAUUUCAGUGGUGCUAUACCUCCCUCGGUUUUUUGCAUUCCUUCUUUACUCAAUUUGGACCUUAGCCAGAAUCAGUUUACCGAGAAUCUUCCUGAGAUUUCAUGCAAAUCAUCAUUAAUCUCUGUUGAUUUAUCUAAUAAUCAACUAGAUGGUUUCAUCCCUCAUUCAAUUUCAAACCUUCUCCAUGCAACAGUCCUCAACUUUGCAUCCAACAAUUUCAGUGGGGAGGUGGCCACAGGAAUUUUUUUGAGCAUUAAAGAUCUUGCAGUGCUUAAUUUUCAAUCCAACCAUCUCCAAGGACCUUUAGAUAUAGCUAUUUGCAACUUGACUGCGCUUGAGUUUUUAAUCUUAAAAAAUAACAAGCUCAAUGGCACAAUCCCACAAUGUCUGGGUGAACAUCACAACCUUUCUGUGUUGGAUUUGGGAAUGAAUAACUUCAAUUGGAUUUUUCCCACCAUGUUUGGAAAGGGCAACAGCUUAACAACCAUAGCUUUGAAUGGGAAUCAACUCCGAGGACCUAUUCCAAGAUCUUUGGUCAAUUGCAGUCAACUAGAGGCUCUUGAUUUGGGAAACAACAAGUUAGAAGAUACAUUUCCAAAGUGGUUUGAAAAUCUUCUAGAGUUACAGGUUUUAGUAUUGGGAUCUAAUAGACUGUAUGGACCCAUAACCUCAUUCAAUUCUACAAUUUGGUUUCCCAGUUUGCAGAUCCUUGAUCUCUCUUGUAAUAGUUUUACAGGAGUCCUCCCAAAAUAUUUUUUUAGUGGCUUUAAAGGUAUGGUAAAUGUCAUACAUGAAAGUCAACAAGAAGCAAGCUAUUUGGAAAUACAAACCUCUGGCUUGUGGUCAUAUGACAUUUCAAUCACUUUAAUGAUGAAAGGGUAUGAGAUUCAACUAGAAAAGGUUUUGACCAUCUUAGCUACAAUUGAUUUGUCAAGCAACAAACUUGAAGGAGAGAUUCCAAUGCUCAUUGGAAACUUGAAUGCACUAAUACUUCUCAACUUAUCACAUAAUUAUCUCAAUGGAAGUAUUCCACACCAAAUUGGGAACUUGACAUUGCUUGAAUCUUUGGACAUAUCUUGGAACCAGUUGGUAGGGAAGAUCCCAGAGCAGAUCACACAGUUGACAUUUCUUGAAGUGUUAAACUUGUCUCAAAAUCAUUUGAUUGGGCACAUUCCUAGGAGCAACCAAUUUAACACUUUUGGAAAUGACUCAUAUGGAGGAAACCUCAACUUAUGUGGAUUUCCGUUGUCGAGGGAAUGCAAUGACAACAAUAGGUCAUCAAAUGAACACCAACAACAUGUUGAUGAGUUAGAAGACAAAUUCAUGAGUGGAUUUACUUGGAAAGCGGUAGUGAUUGGGUUUUGUUGUGGAAUGGUAUUUGGAAUCUUCAUGGAAAAUCUCAUGUCUCGAACUGGGAAGCCAAAAUGGUUGUUUGUGACUUUCUACGGAAAUAAGAUACGUAAAAUCGUUCCAAGGAGGAGAAGGAAUGCUUGAAUAUGCUAAUGUUAAAAGGAUGGAUUUGUUACUUUUUACAAAUGCGUCACAAAUAAUGUGAGCUGGUGGGAUAGAUGUAUGAUAGGCCGGUGGAUUGCGU